CGCCGGAGCAGUUCAACGGUUCAGUCCGGUUCAGUCCCUGUCUACCGUUCAGUUGCUUCGACAGCGUCGAGGUUAAACUACUAUGGCCGGGUUCGACGACCUUCCAGACAAGAUACUUCUGAAAAUAUUCUUCUACUUACGUAUCGAUCAGAUCAUUCUCUGUAUAAGAAAUGUCUGCACUCGGUGGAGGAAGGUUUCUGAAGACGAUGCGUUAUGGAAGGACUCGAUUUUCUGUCCAGAUGCAGACAUCCCAAAACAUUACAUAAUUUUUACGCUGGAGAAUGUUCCGGUAAUGAGAACAUUUCACUACUAUGGAACUUGCAAUGUCAUAGAAAAACUGUCUGAAUGCUGUAGGAGAGUCACAGAAUUAAUAAUUCCCCACAUAGAAUUACGUGCAGCCCUUCUUGAAGUAACUAUGGAACGUCUCACUGAGUUAAGAGUCCUUCAUAUUACAAUUAGCCCCACAGAAGAAGGACUUAAAAUAACUUCCUUUAUUGGUCAGUCCGAAACUCUAACUAGUUUAACUCUGCGCUCGUCUGGUGCAAGGACUGUAGCGGCAGGACUACUGAAACCUAUUGCAGACGGUUGUCCCAAUUUGAAUAUUCUGAAAUGUGAAGCCUUCAACUUACCUAACAGCGAAAUCUGUUACUUGCUGCAGCGGAAGAAGCAGCAACUUGAGGCAUAUGACCACUACGGUCUCCUGUCUCCAGAAUUUCUCGAGGCUCUAAAUGAAUGUACAAACUUGCAUGCAAUUUCCUUCCUCGACGUUGAUUUUGAUGGUCCAUUUAAGAACAUACCUCCCGUUACAAACUUCAGAAACUUGAGGACGUUCGAAAUGGCAGCCUGCAGACUCCCAAUGCUAAAGAUAAUUCCUCUAACUUUAUUCCUUGACACAUUAUCGCAUUUGACUCUCAUUGGUAUAACUUAUGCAAGCGCAAACAUUGACGAUCUGCUAAACAAGAUCAUAUUGAAGAGCCCUGUACUUGUGCAUCUCGAUUUGGAAGGAAAUUCAGAGCUUCGUUGCAGGGGGCUCAGGAAUAUAAGUACGUGUAAAAUGUUAAAGCACCUGGAUGUAUCGCACUGCCCUGCAUUGGGCGCGAAAGCUAUAAAAUACGUUGCCGAAGGAUGUCCGCAGUUACAACUCCUCGACGUGUCCGGCAUUCCAAUGUCAGGAAGCAUUUUCCGGCAAAUUCUGAGAUGCAGGAACCUCAAGGCUCUCUUCUUUAUUAGGUGUGAUUUAAGAGGGAUUAAUCUCAAGCUUGUCUCAACAUAUAUACCCGGUUUAUUGCAUCUAUGCAUUGGACCUGGGUUUCCAUUAUCAAAUGAAGCCCUACGUGAAAUAAAGCAACAAAUGCCACACUUGACUAUAAAUAUCGGUUCAGCUCUAUCUGACAAAUGUGAGGUUUAAGUAUAAAAAGUGACAGAAUUUCAUGUGUUUAGCAAUUGGAUGUUGCCAUUCAAGAUGUGGAAAUAGUUUUGUGCUUCGUAAAUGAAAUCCUUAACAGUGUACAAUUUGACUCAUUGACAUCAAUGAAUGCAUCAUGCCACGUAAUUCCCCUGCUUUCCAUCGCAAAUCGAGGUUUGUAUUAGGACUGACUUGCAAACAAGAACCAGACUUUAAUUCCUAGUCGUAAUAUUAGAAGAUAAGUAAAAGUUGGCCUUGAUUCAAUAUUAAAUGUCAGCUUAAUAUUUAGCUAAUUUUAUGCCUUGCACCGUGUAGAUUUCAACGAUUCAUCUGAACAAUGUACAUUUCA